UUAUCUAAUCAUUUGCAAAUAUUACCUCACUCAAUUUGCCUAAGGGAAUUGGAAUCCUUCUUUCCAGAACUUACUGCUGACUCGUGCCCUCAAACGUUAAUCAGCAACCAGUGACGCAAGCCUACUCGGUAAUAAAUUACGUAUUGGUUCGGGUUUGUCAGAUUAUUUACUGCAUAUUUUUAAUAUAUGUACAAAUUCAUCAAAGUGUAAUAAGCUUUUCAUUGAAAUUGCGUAUCUGUUUUAAAGUAGAUUGAUACCCAAAUAUUGUGUUAUCUUGUUUGCCAAAUUGUUGCUUUAUCUCGUCAGGACUGAUUUUUUAUUUACAUUAAUUGAACAAAUGGACACAUAUGUAAACUCCAUAACGCUGGUUGUGCGAACAGUGUAAUUUUCCCAAACGUACGUACAGGGUACAAAAGUCCAUUUUGUCAUAACGGACAAAAUUUUACAUAUGUACCUAAAUCCCAAGAACUCUCGAUUUUUGAGGGUCGAUUCUCAAAGUCCAGUGAACCCAUAAUCGCACCUUUAUUAUAACGAGUUCCUGCUACUUUUUAUAAAUAUAUCAAAAUUUCUACCUUUCGGAAUUUUGACUCGUACGAAAUUAGAAUUCUAAAAAUAUUUAUGUUGGAAUGUAGGCCAAGUGCUACAUACAAAGGAAUAUAAGAAAAGUGUGUAAAGAGUUCUUUUCACUGGUCAAUGUGUUUGAAGGGAGAAAUAUUUGAGUAUCUGGUAGGGUUAAUUCGGAUAUAUUAAGCUUCUCCAAAAUUCAAGGAAGGUUGUCCAGUUCUAAAAGUGCAGUAUCCAUGAAGCUGUUAGUCAUGUACCGGCACAAUAAACUCUUCGCGAGGGGAGAUAUCUCCGGGAAGGAUGAUUUUAGGGGCACUAUAAUGACUUCCAGCAGUAUCAGUAGUAGUAGUAGUAGUAGCAGCAGUAGCAGCAGCAGCAGCCAUUCCUCUGAUUCGGAAGGGCGCAGCGAAGAUGACGCAGGUUGGGUAUUAUCGCCAUCAAAAAAUAGUUUGGAAUUGGAAAAUAUCAGCGAUUCCGAAACAAUAACCUUUCAUGCCGAACCAUCUUUUCCACACUUCGACAAUUUGAAUCUCACCGUAUCUCUCGCGUUUCAAUUGAGACUGGAGGAUAUCGAUCAUGUCAUAAAUGAAGACUACUGGGCGAAAAUUUUCGCUUCGUAUGACACCGAACGUUAUACGGUAGCCUAUUAUAUUCUCCAACUGCUGAAAACUCCUGAUUGCCUUUACGACUUUGUGGAAACGCUGUUACUCCGAGGUUUCUCCGAGGUCGUGAUUAAAUCAGUGUUUCGACUUUUAAUUAGAAAUUCUGGAAUUGAAGAAGAAAAAUGCGACACACUAUUUCAAAAGUGGUAUCCUGAAGAGAUCAACGAGGAAAGUGCGGAAAAAUUGAGAUGCGGCGUCGGUCUUGUAUUACCCAACCUGAUGGAAGCUAUGUUAUCUAAAUUGCGCGAUAUUUGGAAGGAGGAUCGUGGCGGGUGGAAAGUUUAUCCCGCGUCACUGCGCAUGCUCCAGAUUACGAGUGCCGACGGUAGUGUGAAGGUGUCGUUAAGUCAUGUCUUAAGUAUUCCGGACGAAUCAGAAAUGAUUCUAGUGCCAUUCGCGGGAAAUUCAAAUUGCCAUUACGUCAUGUUCGUUCUUUAUACGAGAGACAAGAAAUUGCAUACAUACGACCCUCUAGGAUCGAGAGAAAGUAAGAAAUUUAGCGAAAAAGGAGCCACUAGUUUGGUAGAGGUUUUAUCAGGAAUUAAAUUUCGCGGGGGAACCUGGAACGUUGGAGGGCAGUUGGGCGGGCGAAAUUUGAACGAAAACUUAACCGAAUCAGGAAUCGCGGUGUGUCUGACGGCGGAGGAGAUGAGAAAUGAAUUUCUAGAAGAUUAUGAAAAUAAUGGGGUAAAAUGAGUUAGUUUUGAAUAAAUUUGUAUCUAAUUUAUUUAUUUGAUAAUUAGUUUUGAUCAAAAUAAAAUUUAGUAAUUUUUGAUAGUAAAGAA